AUGACGAUUUCAUGUUUUGAUUUUUGGAAGGGUGGAAUGAUAAUAGAGGAAUGGAGUGAGGAGUGGAAAGGGAUGAGCAUGAAAGUGAAAGAAGCAUGUGAGAGUGAUGGUUUUUUCCUCUUGAAGUGUGAUGAGAUCAACUCCAAAGGUGCACGUGAAGAGGUGUUUAAGAAUAUGAAAGCAUUGUUUCAUUUGCCUCAAGAAACAAAGCAGCAACACAUAAUUCCAAAGCCUUUCAGGAGCUUCAGCAUGUAUAACUACAUGGACACUCACUAUGAAAGCUUUGGACUCGAUGAUGUUCUUCUCUCAGCAUCUGUGGACACCUUAGCCAACCUGAUGUGGCCUUAA